GACCACCCGUAAACCAACUACGACGACGACCACAACAACAACAACCACCACCACUACCACCACGACUACGACGACUACAACGCCGGAUCCUUGUCAAGACUUGGACAAGUACUGCUCAUUUUGGGCAUCGUUGGGAGAAUGUGAAUUAAAUCCAUUCUGGAUGCGACCGCACUGUCAACGAUCAUGUCGAUCCUGUGGCGAGGAGGUUGACACGGUCUUCGCUCCGACCCCACGGAAAGGAUGCGAAAACAAUCACAAAUUAUGUAAUUUCUGGGCAGCAACUGGUGAAUGCGACGUGAACCCAAACUAUAUGGUCCCCUAUUGCCCCCUUGCAUGCUUAAUUUGUUAG